AUGCUCGAGCAAAUCCUAUCAAAGCUGUUAUUAAAUACGGAGAAAAGCUCCCAAGAGGAACACCGGCACCAUUCCGGGUGGUGGCUCUCCAGUGGAUCCUCCGACCCUUACCCCCCACGACCACCCCCACCCCCACCCCCACCCCCACCCCCACCCCCACCACAAGGCCGGUCCCAAACUUGUUUGGAGCUUUGGAUUGUUGCAUUCUGGGAAGAAAGUGCCCGGAGUCUGCAUAACACAGGGAAGAAAAACAGCCCAAAAGAGUGGGCUCGGAAAAACCAGCAAUUGCUUACGGCACACAUAGUUCCAUUUGGUGUCAUCCUAUCCUUUGAAACUGCCUCAAGGCCAAGAAAACACACCGAGUUGUGUUCCCCUGAGAAGGUGGAAAAGAAGCUGAAAGACAAUCCAAUGACAAGAGUGCUGGAAAGUGGAAAAAGAGUGCAGACCACAAAGUUGGAAUAUUCAUGGAAGACAGAAGAGUUUGCAGGAACAACAACAACAAAAAAGUAAUACCACAACCCCAAAUACCAGAAGUAAGAGAGAUUUUUCCUAGGGAAGCAUCUGGAGAGGCUCUAAGCUCAGAGUCAGGAAAUCUAGCACAUUGGGGGCACCUGGGUGGCCCAGUCAGUUAAGCAACCGCCUUCAGUUCAAGUCAUGAUCUUGUGGUUCAUGA